CUUUACUGAACAUUUAAUAAACAACUAAAUAUGGCAGCUAAGUUUUUUAUUUUGGCGGCUUUGGUAGCAGCAGCCAGGGGUGGAGUGAUAGCCGGCCCAGCAGCCGUAGUAGCAGCCCCCCAAGUACUCGCCAAAGUUUCCGAUGCAGCUUUUGAUCCAAACCCGCAGUACUCGUUUGCUUACGACGUCCAAGACAGUUUGACCGGAGAUAGCAAGAGCCAAAUUGAAAAUAGAAAUGGUGAUAUUGUUCAGGGACAAUACAGUCUUGUUGACCCCGAUGGUACUAGAAGGAUUGUGGAUUACACCGCUGACCCAGUAAACGGAUUUAACGCCGUAGUAAGAAAAGCUCCUUUGACUGUUGCUGCUCCAGUAGUUGUACCAGCUCCAACUCCAGUUUUAGCUGCAAGGUCUGCUCCUUUAGUAGCUCAGCCAGUUGCUUAUCCCACUUUCCCAGCCGCUCCAGUAGCAAGGCUAGCUGCUCCAAUUAACUAUGCCUACGUUUAAAAAUUUACUAAUUAUAGUUGGUUUUGUACAUAUUUUUCUGGUUUCGUUAUCCUAUUUGUAGUACGUUAUUUUUAUUAAUAAAACACUGAGUAAAUUAGA